AAAAGGGGGAGAGAGAUUAUAGUGAGAGAAAGUUAGAGAGAGAAACACUCAUAUAUACACUCACUCACACACACACGUCGUGUGUAUAUAAUAUAUUAUAUAGAGAGAGAAAAGAAAGACUGAGGAGAGAGAAACAAAACAGCACUAAUAUAUAUACACACACCGUACACGUCGUGUAUAUAUAUAGAGAGAGAAAAUAAAGAGUGAGUAGAAAGCAGGACGUGUUGCGGUUUUGCUGUUUUUGCAGAGUAAGGAAGUUGCUGAAGAAACCCUAGCUUUGAAGGUUUUCGAAUGGAGUAAAUAGUUGUGUUAGGCUGCACCAAAGAUAGUCAUUCACAGGGUGUUGAUUUUGUGGAAUUUGCUUAUUAUUUAUAAGUUAUUGUGUUUAUAACUGAACUUUGCGCUGGAGUGGUUGGGAGUACCUGCAGGGGGAGCCAUGUCAUCCUUAAGUCGGGAGCUAGUUUUCCUAAUCCUGCAAUUCCUGGAUGAGGAGAAGUUUAAAGAAACCGUUCACAAGUUGGAACAGGAAUCUGCUUUUUUCUUCAAUAUGAAAUAUUUUGAGGAUCAAGUUCAAGCUGGUGAAUGGGAUGAAGUGGAACGAUAUCUGUGUGGUUUCACAAAGGUUGAAGACAAUCGGUACUCAAUGAAGAUAUUCUUUGAAAUUAGGAAACAAAAGUACCUGGAAGCCCUUGAUAGGAAUGACCGAGCAAAAGCUGUUGAAAUUCUUUGUAAGGAUUUGAAGGUUUUUUCCACCUUUAAUGAAGAGCUCUUCAAGGAAAUCACCCAGCUACUAACACUUGACAAUUUUAGGCAGAAUGAGCAGCUUUCAAAGUACGGGGAUACAAAAUCAGCUCGAAGCAUUAUGUUAGUUGAGCUGAAAAAGCUUAUAGAAGCAAAUCCAUUGUUUAGAGAGAAGCUUGCUUUUCCGGUUUUUAAAGCUUCGCGACUGAGGACAUUGAUAAAUCAGAGUCUCAAUUGGCAGCAUCAGCUUUGCAAGAAUCCACGUCCCAAUCCUGAUAUUAAAACUCUGUUUAUCGAUCAUACUUGUAAUUCUAACAAUGGGGGUCGGGGUCCUCCCCCUACCAACAGUUCCCUUGCUGGACCUAUUCCUAAAGCUGGUGUAUUUCCUCCUAUUGGAGCACAUGGUCCAUUUCAACCCGUUGUUUCUCCUUCUGCUGGUGCAAUUGCCGGAUGGAUGGCAACUGCUAAUCCUUCCAUGCCUCAUGGUGCUGUUGCAGCUGGACCUCCUGGCCUUGUGCAGCCUCCAGUUGCAGCUGCAUUUCUGAAGCAUCCACGAACGCCUCCAGGUGGUCCGGGAUUGGAAUAUCAAAUGGCUGAUUCAGAGCACCUAAUGAAACGUGCGCGUGUAGGCCCAUCUGAUGAGUUGUCUUUUUCUGGUUCAACUCAUCCUCCCAACGUAUAUUCACCGGACGAUCUUCCAAAAACUGUGGUCCGGACCCUUAACCAGGGUUCCAAUGUCAUGUGCAUGGACUUCCAUCCUCAACAUCAAACUAUUCUCUUAGUUGGUACAAAUAUUGGUGAAAUAAGCAUCUGGGAGGUUGGGUCUCGAGAAAGGAUGGUACAUAAACCCUUCAAGGUUUGGGAUUUAUCUGCUUGCUCAAUGCCUUUCCAGACAACAUUGGUAAAAGAUGCAGCGGUGUCUGUUAAUCGAUGCAUAUGGGCACCGGAUGGAUCAAUACUUGGCGUUGCCUUCUCUAAGCACAUUGUUCAGAUAUAUACAUACAACCCGUCAGGGGAGUUGAGGCAUCACUUGGAAAUAGAUGCCCAUGUUGGUGGUGUAAAUGAUAUUGCUUUUGCUCAUCCUAAUAAGCAACUGUCUAUUGUCACAUGUGGAGAUGACAAGACAAUUAAGGUAUGGGAUGCUGUAGCUGGACGAAAGCAGUACACGUUUGAGGGUCACGAGGCUCCUGUGUAUUCUGUCUGCCCUCACUCUAAAGAAACAGUACAGUUUAUUUUCUCAACAGCAAUUGAUGGGAAAAUCAAAGCAUGGCUUUAUGAUUGUUUGGGGUCAAGAGUAGAUUAUGAUGCCCCUGGCCUUUGGUGUACGACAAUGGCAUAUAGCGCUGAUGGAACCAGACUAUUUUCCUGUGGAACAAGCAGAGAAGGAGACGCCCAUUUAGUUGAGUGGAAUGAGAGUGAAGGAUCUAUCAAGAGGGAAUAUACUGGCUUUAGAAAGCGGUCUAUGGGGGUUGUUCAGUUUGACACAACGAAAAAUCGUUUCUUAGCUGCUGGAGACGAGUUUCAAAUAAAGUUUUGGGACAUGGAUAAUCUUAAUAUGCUGACUGUUACUGAUGCAGAUGAGAAAUUACCUUCAAGGCCUAGAUUAAGGUUUAACAAGGAAGGGUCAUUAUUGGCAGUCACUACAAGUGACAACGGAAUAAAAAUAUUGGCAAACGGUGAUGGGCAGCGCAUGCUACUACGGAUGCUAGAGAGUCGAUCUUAUGAGGGGUCUCGAGCAUUUUCUGAUACAGUCAAACCUGCAAUCCCUGGCCCAUUAGGUCCGAUCCCUAAUGCCUCUUCAUCUAUGGCAUCUGCCACAGAACGUGAAAGAAUGCAAACACCAAUAUCCAUUGGCAAUCUUGCUAAUGCAGAAACGAGUAAAGUUGUGGAUAUUAAACCCAGAAUUGCAGAUGGUGCUGAUAACACUAAGAGCUGGAAGCUCCCUGAAAUAGUUGAUUCCUCUCACCUUAAAGCUCUAAGGUUGCCUGAUUCAAUGGCUGCCAGCAAGGUUGUGCGGCUGAUCUAUACAAAUUCUGGGUUUUCUUUACUUGCGCUUGCUUCCAGUGCCAUUCAUAAACUAUGGAAAUGGCAACGAAAUGAACGCAAUCCUUCUGGGAAGUCAACUGCAUCUAUCGUUCCACAAUUAUGGCAACCUACAAAUGGGGCCCUCAUGUCUAAUGAUGUUAAUGAGAAUAAACCUGCUGAAGAGUCGGCAGCAUGCAUUGCUUUGUCGAAGAACGAUUCUUAUGUCAUGUCUGCCUCUGGUGGGAAAGUCUCCUUGUUCAACAUGAUGACUUUCAAGGUCAUGACAACUUUCAUGGCCCCGCCGCCUGCAGCUACCUACUUGGCUUUCCAUCCUCAGGACAACAAUAUUAUUGCCAUUGGAAUGGAGGACUCUACAAUACAAAUUUACAAUGUUAGGGUUGAUGAGGUCAAAUCGAAGCUCAAAGGUCACCAGAAACAAAUAACAGGGCUUGCUUUUUCACAGACUUUAAACAUACUGGUUUCAUCUGGUGCUGAUGCUCAGCUGUGUAUCUGGAACAUUAGUGGAUGGGAGAAGAGGAAAUCACGAAGCAUACAAUCGCCACCUGGCCAUCCAUCCUCACUGGUUGGAGAAACUAAAGUUCAGUUCCAUAAUGAUCAACGACAUCUCCUUGUUGUACAUGAAAGUCAAAUUGCCAUUUAUGACCACCAACUGGAAUGCUUGAAGUUGUGGUCUCCAAGAGAAUCUCUUUCCGCUCCGGUUUCAAGCGCAAUAUACUCAUGUGAUGGCUUACUAUUAUUUACUGGAUUUUCGGAUGGCGCUGUUGGGAUAUUUGACGCUGAUAGUUUGAGGCUUCGAUGUCGAAUAGCACCUUCUGCCUACAUUUCAUCAUCGAUUUCCAGUAGCAACAACACUGCCUAUCCUAUGGUUAUUGCAGCACAUCCAUCUGAUCCCAACCAAUUUGCUCUUGGAAUGAGUGACGGUUCGGUUCAUGUUAUUGAGCCAGCCGAUGCAGAUCCAAAGUGGGGCGGGUCAGCACCUCAAGAAAAUGGCACCUUAGCAUCAAACCCCUCAAAUUCCGCGUUGAAUAGUCAACCAUCAGAAACACCUUCCAGAUAAGAGAGAGAGAUGUGGCUGGCUUAAAGAAACCAUUAGCAUAGUUAUGUAAAUUCUAGACUACAUUUUUGUUUCAACUUGAUAGAGAAAGAUAUAUGAGGGUCUUACUACCUCAGCUAUUUCAACCAGAUGGUUUAAUUUCCAUAGUAUUUUGGUCAUAUCCUCAUUUCCAUCAAGUUACAAGAGAGGGUAGCAGUAAUCAUGUGUUUUGAUGCAACAUUAAUAAGGAAUGUUACACGUGGGUCUAAACU